AUGAUAAGAAACAAAAGGCCUAAUAAAAUAGAUCCUUUAGAAUUAUUAAGGGAGUUCACAAUAAAUAAAAAGGAUGUGGUUAAGAAGGAUUAGUAUUUAUUUUUUGAUCAAACCAAACUAGAGUUAAAAACUCCUACUGCAUGGAAGAAGAACACUGGCGGAUAUUACACUUUGGGAGAUUUGUGGCUUUUCAAUCAAAAGGUUUAGCAAAAUAUGUCUAUGAAACAUUAUUUCAAUUAGCGUUAAUCGUUCGCUCUUGAAGGUAUUGACAAAAUUGAUGAAGAUGAAAUCAGCAACUAUUUAUAAGGAAAAAUUGACAAUUCAGAUAAAAUAGAUUAGGAAGCAAAGCAAUAGCUUCUUUCUUCAAGAAAAAGUAAACCAGCAGAAUCUUCAGCAUUAGAAGGAUCUUUGACCAAAAAAAUUAAAACAAAUGAUGGAGAAGCAAAGACAGUCGAAAUGUAAUAAAGAGAAGAAUAUUUAAAUGCAAUUAGUUGGAUUAUGAAAACUGAAAAGCCACUGACAUCUAGAACUCGUAUGUUGAGAAGCAAGUUUAAUUCUAACAUAAACUUCAAGCAUUAUAUUAAGUAACUUGAUGAAGGCAAGAUGACAACUUAAAAUAAUCCUUUAGAAAUAAAAUCUACUAUUAAUUAUCCUUGUUUAUUCAAAGAUUUGAGAGAUAAGGGUUUAAAGCCUAUUAUUGUUGUUCCUACUAUGGGUAGAACAGGAAAUAUUUCACUAUUUAAUGCCAAAAAAUUCUUAGCAGAAGGUAAAUAUGAAGAUCCUGAAAAUAAAGAUUCUGAUAACAGUGAAAGAGUCAUUUAAAUCGAAAAGAAUAUAAAGGGACACAAUUUCCUUUUCGAAGUCUACGAUAAUGUUGGUACAUUUGAAUCCAAAAAUAAUCCUUCACAAAAAUCUAAAUGGGAGAGAGUUGUCGGUGUGUUCGUUAGUGGUUAAAAAUAUCAAUUCAAAGGAUGGCCUAAAGAAGAUAAUAUUCCCAGUAUCUUAGAUUAAGUUAAAGGCUUCUAUUUAAAAUACUACGAUAUUCCUACUCCAGAUUAAGUUGCAAAUUGGAAUGUUAAAAUUGUAUCAGUAUAUCGUAAUAAAAGACAUUUAGAUUUCCCAGCUUAUGAAUAAUUUUGGUAGGAGCUAGAAAAUUUUAUGAUUCAACCAAGAAACAAAUAAAAAUGA